UUAUCACCGCUGUCAUCAACAUCAACAACAUCAUCAACAUCAAACAAAAUCAAUAAUCGUGAUCAUCCAACAAGUCAAACUAUAACCAAUAUACAAUCGACAACAAAGAUAUAUAUUCCUUUUGGUGUCACUUGUUUGGAGUUCUCCAAUAUAUUCCAGGGUAUAUUAGAACCUGGAUCAAUCCCAGACUCAGUCACUGAGUUGGAUCUUGUAUGCCCCAACGUUACUUUGGAACCUGGAAUCAUUCCGUCAUCAGUUACAAAGUUGAAGCUUGUCGAUUGGGACGGUCCGAUUAUGCCAGGUGCCAUACCCUCAUCAGUCACCUCUUUGGACUUGGGCAAUCUAUUCAAUCAACCAAUCACUCAGAAGACAAUACCCUCCUCGGUCGCCAAGUUGUGGUUGGGCGAUUCAUUCAAUCAAGUUCUUAAGAAAGGCAGUCUUCCACCAUCUAUCACAUACUUGGACAUUGGUGCAUCAUUUAACAAGCCUCUUCAAGUCGGAUGUCUUCCACCUAAAUUGGAAACAUUUAGAUUUUUGCCAAGCACUACUUAUAAUCAUGUUAUUCCACUUGGGCUCCUACCUCAAUCCCUAACAAGUUUGCAGUUGUUUGGGGGACCCACCAGACAUGACAUUCAAACACCUGGACUUAUCCCGUCAUCCGUAACCUAUCUAACUUUGCUCAACACUUCCACAGGUAUACUUCCCCUUGGAGUGCUACCAGACUCAGUGCAGAAGAUAUUCUUGAAAUUCAGUACUAAUGUCACGGCUUCAUUAGUUAGUCUACCAGCAUCAAUCACUGAUCUUGUGUUGAUGUAUCGCGAGGAGGAUGUAGUUCAAGAGUGGAUUCCACUACCUUCGUCAGUGGCGAGUUUGAUUUUAUAUAUCAAUCAAACACUUUCUCCUGGGUCAAUCCCAUCAUCAGUGACCACACUGGCCCYUCGAAGGCAAAUUCAAUGUACCCAUCAU